AUGUCAUGCUUCUCCACAGAGGUGUGCCCAUUCUGUGGGAAAACAUACAAAAGGUUGAAGAGCCACCUGCCACACUGCAAAGCAGUAAAAAGCUCCAAAACUGCUCCAACUGCCCAAAGCGACACACCCAAUCAGUCAGCGCCUUCUCACCAGGCUGCAGCGCUGCCCCCGACUACAGCAAAGGGAAAGAAGUCCACGCCGAAGUCAUCAGUGAAGGCAGAUCUCUAUGAAGAGGAGGGUAAAAAUGUAACGCCACAGCCAUCAACACCACCACAACCAGCAUCUUCUAUACUUCCAUCAUCGACUAAGACCAAGAAGAAGAAGUUGUCCGAUCAAAUCAGGACUGCCAUUCUUUCCUCUGAUCCAUCUCCCCUUCUGCCCCCCACCAUCUCUAAACCAAAAAAGAAGAGUGGCAAAACUCUUAUUGAGGCUGAAAAGUUUGACAAAAAUUCAGAAGGACCUCACAAAAUUACUUUAAAAGGUUCAAGUCCGAGCUUUAAAUCCACUGAACAGACAGAGACCGAAGCCAAUGGAAAUAAGGCCUCAGUGAAAGACAGCAGUCUCAGCCGCCUGUCUGUGAGCACCAAACCCAAAAAGAAGGUGUCAAAUACAAAGGAUCUUCUCUCCGCAGCCAAACAAAUGUCAGAUUUUCAGAGCUCUAAAAGACCUCAUGCAAGAGACAACUUCUGGGUGGAGAGUGCGGAGGAGCCUGAGGAUGUUUCGGUGGAUAGCUUGUUCCUGAAAUCGGAAAAUGGUCCCCAAGGAAAGGUCACCAUCCAGGAUGUUAAAGCUACAUUAGGCCGUAAGUCCAGCAGGCCGAGCAUUUUAAGCCAGAUCGGAGCUGCCGACAGCAGGAGCGACAAAAUCAGGCUGGAAGAUCUCAGUCCAGGCCUCCCUCCAGCCGAGAACCAAAAAGACGCGAUUGGCCAUACUGCAACGCCAAUAGUUGCGUCGGACAAGCUGGUCAGCACCAGCCUGCGAUCCUCAGAACUGAAGCCGGUCCAGGAAAAGUGCCGGCCACCAGCUGUGAUCUGUCCAGCAGCUCCACUCUUCUCUGUAAACGCACGUUCUGGGGUGCAGCAAGCUGCGCCCGCCCCGCCCGCAGUCGCUUUGGGUAAAGGGUCAGAGGUGGAUCGUCCUGUGCCUCCUGGGCUCCUCUCCAUGUCGCCGACCCUCCCCCAGCCCUCCGGGCCCCUUCCCUCCCCUCGUGCAACGCAAACCCUGCCCGGGAGGACAGAGGCCGGGCGGCUGGACAUCAGGAAGCAGAAAGCGGCCGUAACGCCAACUGAAGGUGUGCCGGCGCCGCGUGGACUGGGACAGGUGAGACUGCGGGAGUUACCCGAAUGGCUGGCCAGUAGAACCCCCACUCAUCCGAGAGAUGUGGUGGACGUAGUGCAGAGAGGGUGGCAGUGGUACUACAGACGGUACAUUGAUGUGAAGAAGGGUGGUGUAGCUGGACUGGGCAUGUUGCUGGCAGGAUACUGUGUGCUGAGCUACACCUGGAGUUACCCUCAUAUAAAACUCAGUCGUUGGAGGAAGUAUCACUGA